AUGGGUAACAAAUCAUCGAAGCUGCCACCGCAGGAUUUAGAGAGUCUCAUUAAGGAGACAUACUUCGACAGGAGAGAGAUUAAGCAAUGGUAUAGGGGAUUUCACAAGGAUUGCCCAAGUGGUGAGCUCGACGAGCGUAGUUUUGCAGAAAUAUACAAGCAGUUCUUCCCAUUCGGAGAUCCUUCUAGCUUUUCCAAGCAUGUUUUCAAAGUAUUUGAUACGGACCGCAACGGGCGUAUCAAUUUCAAGGAAUUCUUGUCUGCACUCUCCGUCACUAGCAGGGGCAAACUCGACGAGAAGCUUAAAUGGGCAUUCCAGCUAUACGAUAUAGACGACGACGGCACGAUCACUUACGAUGAAAUGCUCACUAUUGUGAGGUCAAUUUAUUUGAUGUCUGGCACGAUUGUAAAACUACCAGAAGACGAAAACACACCGGAGAAGCGCGUAAGCAAGAUAUUUGCUGCUAUGGACAAAGAUAAGAACAGCUCACUUGACUUUGAUGAGUUCGUCGAGGGCUCAAAGAAGGAUCCUACCAUCGUUCAAGCUCUCUCGCUGUACGACGGUCUGGUGUAG